UUUCUGUAGUGACCCAAAAAGACAGAAAAGAGAAGAGGGGGCUUCUGGGGAGUUGGCACGAUUGGCAGAAUACUUUUACUGCCUGCAGCAUCUACAGCAACCAUUUUGUUAGAAGAACAUGUGACAAAGGGGCUCAAACACAAAGUCGAGGGGUCUGGCACAAGAAUGUGAGCCAGUAUGAAGACAACGGUGCCUGUUUCUGCAGCUUAACACUCCAGCCAGCUGCCUGAAAUUGAGGUGCAAACCACAAAGCAAUAAAACUAGUAUUGGAAGAACUGCCAUGAUGAAUCAGACCACCGGUUAUGUGGGAAUUGCUGCCAUUUACAACAAUAGUAUCAUCCUCGGGAAUGGCAGCAUGGGCAUCCUGAUCAUCCCCAAACCCAUGAACACAGCCAUUAAUAUUUUGACCGUGAUCAUCCUCUUCAUCACCAUGAUUUCCCUCGGCUGCACGAUGGAGAUCUCCAAAAUUAAGGCCCAUCUUCUCAAGCCAAAAGGGGUAGCCAUUGCUUUGCUGGCCCAGUUCUGCGUAAUGCCCCUGACUGCUUUCUCUUUGACCAAAAUCCUCCGGAUGGAUCCGAUUAAGACGGUAACUGUGCUCAUCUGUGGCUGCUGUCCAGGAGGAAGCUUAUCAAACAUUUUUUCUCUCUCAGUUAAAGGUGACAUGAAUCUCAGUAUCGUCAUGACAACUUGCUCCAGCAUUGCCGCCCUGGUUCUCAUGCCUCUGCUGCUGUACAUCUUCAGCCAAGGCUUUACUGGUCUGAAAGAUGCUGUUCCUUAUGUCGGCAUCAUCACUGCUCUCGUGUUUACCUUGUUGCCUUGUGCCAUUGGCAUUUUCAUCAACCACUACAAACCAAACUACUCUGCAACUGUAACAAAAGUUGGUCUCAGCAUCCUGAUAAUAUCCAGCAUCAUAGUGUCUGUCCUUUCUGGCCUCGCUGUGAAGGAUGUAAUAUGGAUGAUCCUCAUGCCAGACGUCCUCGCUGUGGCUGCACUGAUGCCUCUGAUUGGUUUUAUAAUGGGAUAUGUCAUGUCGGUCAUUUGCAGACUCAGCCCACAAUGCAGCAGAACCAUCUCCAUGGAGACAGGGUUUCAAAACAUCCAGCUGUGCACCACCAUUCUUAAGGUGGCCUUUUCUCCACAGUCCAUCGGACCCUUGUUUUUAUUCCCCUUGUUGUACAUCACAUUCCAGUGUGCAGAGGCCCUCCUUCUGGCACUGUGCUUCAGAUGUUACCAAAGAGUCACGGCACCACAGGGGGAUCCAUACAAAUGGGAAAAUGUUGAUGCCAAAGAAGAAGAGGUGAAACAAUGAUCUACAAAGAGACCAAUGCACUCUUGGAAAAAAUUACCUAAAAAGGUGUGCCAUUAUUCAAACCUGUGACAUUGACUGAAAGUCUGCCAAAGCCUUGGCAGUCAAAAAUACCUGCUGUCACAGCCAAAAUGAUUUUUGUAGUUCCACAAAUGUUGAUUUUUUUUUAAACUUUAGAAACAACAAUUUUGUUUGAGAAACACUACCAGGUUGUUCAUUUUAAUAAGCUUUAUUAUCCUGAAAAAAGAUUAUUCCAUUUCAUUGUAUUUUUGCAAAACAUUUUUCUAACUAUGAGAGAGGAAUGCUGGGCUAUUCAUAAAACUAACUAACACUGACUGCUAAUGUGUCUGAAAUCUUUCUGUGUGCAAAAACCAUUUUCUUUCAAACUCUUCUGCUCUCCCAGAUGACCAAUCUUCAAAAAUCUUGACAUAAUUUGGUAAUGUUCUGUAUACAUGCUUUUUGUAGCUAUCAGCAAGCCUCUGGCAUAAUUCAGCAUAACCUCAGACGUGCUUUCAUUAAAAUUCAGAAACUUCUGUGCCGUCAAAUUAUUAUGUGAACUGAGUCAGCAAUACACUUUUGGUGGCAAAUAAACCUCUGCAAAAAAAAGGAAAUGUUCUGCUUCCAGAAAAUAACAGGUACAAAGAAAAAAAGAAGAAGUCCAUGAAUGGAGCCUUACAUAGAAAGUUAAAAAGAGAGGAGUUAAUUUUUUUUAUGCUAAUGCAAAACUUUAUAUCUGAAACUUAG